CUCUGCUUUAGAUCGAUGCAUGACAUUUUUCAGUUGUUGUUUUCGCAUUAUUUCUUUGGCAUGCGUCAGCUGCUGGCUGGUGUCACUGCUUUCCCGGAUCUAGGGCGGGACAUUCCCUAAACCUAAUCAUGCAUCACACGUGGACGAAAAAGGAAAAAGCUCGGUAGAGUGUGACAGAUUGUCAGAUUUUUCUCCGUCACCUCUCUGUAACUGUACUUCACCACCAUGCUACUGGAGUCUCGAGUGGUGUUGAUUGCUUUUUUGGCAACAGCAGCCCUGACGCUACCUGUUCCUCGACAUUAAUUGCAGGUUUAUUUAUAUUAACUACAUAUACUGUAUGUACACUACUCCAUCUUACACAAUGACUUGGAAGGAAGGAGUCUCCGGUGUCGGUCAUGACUCAUGGCUACAAGGAUUUAAAAAACGAAAAUUGUAAAAUGUUUUAACGGCUUUCUGUUGAAAUUAUUAAACGCUUUACUCAAGGACUCAAUACUGGAGGAUGUUCGAGGGCGGGCAUCACUUUAUUAACUAUAUGUAGUGUUUAAAUUUCUAUAUUUUAAAUAAUCUGCUACAGUUUUGAAGCUUCCAGUGAGUUAUGUUCUCCUACACGUGGUUUAUGGUCGAGUUAUUCCGGGAUACUUUGGCACGCCGCUAUAACCUUUAUGUCCGUGCUAUGUUUAGCUUCCUGGCUGAAGUUCAUGCGCAAGAAUCCUUAUUUAUCCUGAUGCUUUCUCGGUUUGUAACUCGCCUUCUGUCCUCGCUCUACAGGGACGCUACAGAUUUAUUUUAUGAACAUUAUUUAAAAUUCUUUGACCAGCUUUCAGACUUCUCAUGCAGCAGCUUACAGAAUAGCACCCGAUGCAGCAUAUCGUAUUCUUCACGUAUAUCUAUGUUGUGCUCUGACUUAUAUUCGGUGGAGAGACAUUAGAUAGAGAGAGAUACAUAGAGGGAUUCAGACUGCAACUCAAAUCAACUCCGACACCACUCCAUCCCGUACUGUUCUCCCAGCGCCGCUCUGUAAUUUCACCUUCCUUUCGGGACAUGGAUGAUUGGAUUCCCUGUUGCUGUAGCGAUGCAUCACAUGAUCGGGAUGGCAGGAAUGAUUGAGGAAGCGGAGCAUAGCGGCAGCACCAUGGCAGACAGAAGACAACUGUUUGCCGAGAUGCGAGCUUUACAGUUGGACUCCAUCAGACUUUCCACCUACAGAACUGCAUGCAAACUCAGAUUCAUUCAGAAGAGAUGCAAUUUGCACCUAGUGGACAUCUGGAACGUCAUCGAAGCCUUCCGGGAGAACGGCCUCAACACCAUGGACCUCAACACGGAGUUCUCAGUGGCUCGACUCGAAGCAAUACUGUCCACCAUCCUCUUCCACCUGAACAAGCGCAUGCCCACCACACACCAGAUCAACGUGGAGCAGUCCGUCUUACUUCUGCUCAACUUCUUGCUCGCAGCGUACGACCCGGAAGGUCUGGGCAAGAUCUCGGUAUUUGUCACGAAGAUGGCGCUUGCUACGUUAUGUGGAGGGAAGAUUAUGGACAAAUUAAGAUACAUUUUUUCCCAGAUAGCAGACCCAACAGGCAUGAUGAUUUAUUCCCAGUUCGACCAGUUCUUGAAGGAGGCGCUCAAGCUUCCAGUUGCCAUUUUUGAAGGACCGUCUUUUAGCUAUACCGAGCAGACUGCAAGGACUUGCUUUGCACAACAAAAACAGGUUUCUCUGAACAUGUUCCUGGACACCUUCAUGUCCGAUCCUGCGCCACAGUGUCUUGUAUGGUUGCCACUUAUGCAUCGGCUGGCCAAUGUGGAGAACGUCUUCCACCCAGUUGAGUGCUCGUACUGCCACAGCCAAAGCAUGAUGGGAUUUCGCUAUCGUUGCCAACAAUGCCAUAAUUACCAGCUCUGCCAGGAGUGCUUCUGGAAGGGGCAUGCCUCCGGCUCCCAUAGCAACCAGCACCAGAUGAAGGAAUACACGUCAUGGAAAUCCCCUGCUAAGAAGUUAUCGAAUGCUCUGAGCAAGUCUCUGAGCUGCGCCUCCAACCGGGAGCCACUCCAUCCCAUCUUCUCUGACGUUCCUGAGAAACCUCUAAACCUCGCUCAUGCGGUGCCUCCAAGGCCAAUAAACAGUGGGAACGAGUACGCGCUGUCCCACACCAUGCCCUCGAGCAACAAGCCCUUCAGAGUAGCCGGGAAUGACGACAUUAAACAGAGAAAACUCCUGACAAGGGAUACUCCAGACCUACUGAAAGGAAAAGGGUUUCAGUAUAGCCUUGAUAUAGCGGACAGACUCGCAGAUGAACAUGUUCUCAUUGGGUUAUAUGUGAACCUCCUCCAAAAGCAGCAGCGCACCGGUUUGCUGGAAAGCAGGAAUAAUAACCAGGAUGAUGAGCACUACCUCAUUGCCCGCUAUGCCUCCCGACUGGCUGCUGACAGACCAUCUGGGCAAGCCAGAGUGCCGACUGAGCUGUCUCUCUCUCUGGACACGAACAAACAGCAGAGGCAACUCAUUGCUGAACUGGAAAGCAAGAACAAGGAAAUCUUGCAGGAGAUUCAGAGGUUAAGACAGCAGCAUGACGAAGCAUCUCAACCUCUAGCUGACAAAAGCCAGCAAAACCCUACACUGCUCGCUGAGCUUCGACUUCUUAGGCAGAGAAAGGAAGAACUGGAAGACAGGAUGUCGGCUCUUCAAGGGAGCAGAAGAGAACUGAUGGUGCAGCUGGAACAGCUCAUGUUACUCUUAAAGGAGGAAGAAUGGAGGCAGCUAAAUCAGGGUCCAGGCUCCUCCUCUCGUUCCUCCCCAAGUCACACAGCCAGCAGCUCCAUGCCCACGCCCGUCGCGUCAACUUCCGGCAACACCACACCCAGUCAGACACCUCAGGACUCGCUCAUGGGCCUGGGAGGAGACGUCAUACAGGCUUUUGCUCAGAGUUCGAGACGAAACUUAAGAAACGACCUGCUCGUGGCUGCAGACUCCAUCACUAGCACCAUGUCGUCGCUGGUUAAAGAGCUUCACUCAGAAGCAGGAAGCGAGUGUGACAGUAACGUUGACACAGAAGCUGAUGGACUCACGUCACGGAUGCUAGAUGAAGACCAGGAAGGAGAGGGAGGCUAUGAGAGGGAGCUGGAGCGACGUCUGGAGAGGGAACUGACGAUGGAUGAGAAAACACCUGCUGGAGAAUGUCUACAUGGCAAAGGGAUCGCGCAGUACUGAAGUGCUGAGAACUCGACAAUGACGAUGGCUGAAUCUACUGAGCAUUAACACCACUUCUGUAAAUAUACACAUCUUUUUUAAGUUUAUUUUGACUUUACAAGAUUGUUUUAGAAAAAAAAAAAUACUGUGAACUGACUCAGAUUAUGCAGAAGAGAUAUGUCAUAACACCAUCAGUGCCAUAAAACGAAGAGACGCAGACAGUAUUUUGCGUACUGUACUACAGAAAGUGGCGGGAAAAUCAGGUCUAACAAAGCUGCUAUCUUUUAUAGCGUACGUCACACCUCAUCCUGACUCACCUCGACCCCGCUAGCUUUCUUUCUUUCUUUCUUUCUUUCUUUCUUUAUGUCACAUAAGUUUCUGGUUUGAAAAUGUCCAAGUGGUUGGUUCUUCUGUUUGGUUUGGAAUUUAAGCUCUACAUUUUGAUGUAGAAAUUUGUAUAUAUAUAUAUAUAUACACACCUUAUAUAUCUUAAAAUCCCAAAUGACUACACUGCCUUAGCUUAGCUGAUCAGGUUAACCCUUGAAGAAUAAUAAGGAAUGAUUCGAAUUCUUUAUAUAUUUUUAAGCAAACUGUCGUUUCCCAUUGUCGAUUUGCACUCGUACUCUUAAGUUACUGUGGAGUUAAUUAGGGAAACGUGCAGCGUGAUAAAACUGAACUAGUAAAAAUCUAUUUAAAUAUGAAGUCAGAGCAAAGCACCCAAUGCUACUGUAAUAGUACUCGUUAAAAAUAUUACGGCACAUGGAAGCUGACCUGUAUGAAAUCUUUUUUGAAAAUAUACAUCACUUAAACAAAAAUUCUCUUCCCUAACAUCACGUGUAUUGAAUAAAUCGACAUUUUUAACUUUUUUGAAGUUGAUAGUAAAACAAAAAAAUGUUUUUGAAAUAUGUCAAUUUUUUAAAUCCAACUUUCAAAAAUACAGAUUUUUUUUUUAGACUUUUUUUUCCGAAUCCACUUUUAAAGGCAAAUAAUACCCAGGGCAAGUUCAAAGCAAAAUAAAUAAAUAAAUAAAAACAUAAUAUUUAUCGGAUGUGAUGUUGUACAUAAUAGGAUCCAAAAAUACAAAAUGUACACUGACGUACUUCAGUCAGCUUCCAAGUGCCGUAAACAAGACAUUUGUACAAUCUGAGUUAAAACACUGUGUUAAUGAUGUUAUUUAAAUGCUGAAUUCUAAGCACAUGUUUAAAGUAAUGAAUUUGUUCAUGUAUUAAAACAAACUUGUCUAUAGAGUUUUUAUUUAAUGGACGGUUUUAAAGGGUCGUGGUUUCUGCACAGCUGUUCUUAUGUCCUUUUAUUCUGCACACUUGUACACACUUGACCUAAUAAGCCUGCCCACCAUUUUGAACUGGUUUGUUACAUUUUGCAUGGUGCAAACAAUAAAUAAAGAUAUUCUGUUGUAA